GAUUUUGCAAAAACAAAGAACCCUAGUGGCUGACGUCAGGGGUCUGGAAACGAAGCUGGCCUUUGCAUCUGACGAUCGCAACCGUCGACUGUGAGUCUAACCUCCGGUUGCCUCUGUAGUCUAUAGUUUGAUCCACCCACCCACGACUUCCAAAUCGCAAGUAUCCGACAUCAUUACUACGCCUUCUGUGCGUUCCUCCGCCGGGAAACAAGACUACGCUCCAAAUUUUUGCACAUUUCUCCGCCUGCUGUGAGUAUCCCAACCGUGUCCGGGACCUUUUACUUCGUAACCGUUCAACCAGAAUCCACUGAGAGUCUGGGAGUGUCAUACUGGUGCCGCAGCGCUAUUUUUCUCGAGCUUCGGCUUGUCAGUGAUCUCAUAUCUGAGAACAACUUAUGCUCCAUGAACAUACAGAUCUUAGUAACAUCAGAAUCUCAUUUUCUUAUUCGGAUGCUGAAUGGCACCUUCCAAAUCAUAGACUCCAUCAGAGACCAAAUUGGCCUGGUGGUUGAUGGUUUUUACUGCUCCCAUCCUAACUCGGAGUUAAUGAAUACAAGAAAAGGCGGAAUUAUGCAAACCCCUAUCCCUUGUGAACUCCAAACAAAAGAUUGCUUCUCUCAGAGGAAUGAAUUGCCUCCAAAUCCAGAUGGAGAUGAGGGUGCAGCAUUCAAUGUUUUAGAUUCAACAUUAAAGGAUAUAUUGGACCGUCUGCAGAGCAUGAGGGAAAGAAAAUCGUGGACUUGCAUUGGCUUUGAUGACAUACCAAAGUUGCAUUGUGAUGAACUUGUUAUUAGAACAUUAUGUACGGAGGGAAAACUAGGGAGUGCUUAUUCUCUAUGGAGCAAGAUGAUACAUAAGUUCAGCAUUCCCAGUACAUAUACAUACAACUAUCUUAUUAGUGGACUUUGUAAAACUGGCUACUUGGAGAAAGCAGAGUGGAUUGUCAAAGAGAUGCAAUACCGGGGUCCUACUCCUAGUUGUGCUACAUAUAAUAACCUAAUUAAUGGGUAUUGUCUUAUGAAUGAUUUGGACAGAGCUCUGGAGAUAUUCUCAACCAUGGCUAGCAAUGGUAUAACCCCAAACAGAGUUUCUUGUAAUAUACUUGUUGAUGCACUUUGCAAGAAGGGUCUCAUUAGGGAAUCAAAGGAACUUCUAGAGAUGAUAUUAGGCGAUAAGCAUGAUGACCCAGACUUAAUCUCAUCAACUAUAAUCAUGGAUGGUUGCUUUAAACACGGGGAUAGUAUUCAAGCUCUUUCCAUAUGGGAGAAGUUAAGGAGAGUUCAGAUCGAUCAUAUUGCUUACAAUGUCAUCUUAAAUGGAUUCUGUUUGAGCCGGGACCUGAUCAUGGUACACAGCUAUAUCUGUCAAAUGCUGAAGACUGGUUUUAUGCCUGACAUAUUUUCUUACAAUAUGUUAAUUGGUUUACUUUGUAAGGAAGGACAAAUGAAUGAAGCUUGUUAUAUAUUUAGUCUCAUGACAAGAAUGGGUAUUUGUCCUGACAGAAUCACUUACAAAAUCAUUAUUCAAGGCCUGUGUAUGAAUGGAGAAGUUAUUAAAGCUAAUUAUUUUCUUUGCUGUAUGUUAGAGAAUUCUAUCAUACCCAAACCUCUCAUCUGGAAUGUAAUCAUUCAUGGCUAUGGGAGAUAUGGAAAUGUAAGAAGAGCUGAAGACAUUAGGAGCCAGAUGGUCGCAUCAAAUGUUGUACCUAAUGUAUAUACUUACAAUGCACUGAUCUAUGCAUAUAUAAACGUUGGAAAUUUCAUUGAAGCUCACUCUUUGAAAAAGAAGAUGCUUCUACAAGGGGUUCUACCUGAUUCAGUCACUUUUAAUUUGUUGAUUGGUGCAGCCUGUAACUUUGGCGAUAUUGAUUUCGCACUCCGCCUACAUGGCGAUAUGUUGAGAAUGGGUUGUGAACCCGAUACAAUUACUUACACCGAGUUGCUUAGGUGUUGCUGUGUAUCACAUAAAAUGAGAGAGGCAAAUUGGCUCUUUGGCAUGAUAAGGAGAUCCGGGAUAAAACUUGACCAUGUUCCAUUUUUAUUAUUGAUGAAAAGAUAUUGGGGAAUGAGGGAGCUUGACAAAGCAUUUGAGCUUUAUCAAGAAUGGUUAACUGCUAAGGAUAUUUGAUUGCUUCUAUUACAAAAGAUUGUCGCUAUUCAGCUAGUGAUAGAAAUGUAAAGAGGCUAAAUUCCCCAAGGCAAUGGAUGCUGCUGCUCGAUCUAGAUGUUCGUGGCACUCCUAAGACAAUUAAAAAUGGUGACCUCCUUUAAAGGCGAUUCUUGCGAUGUGGUAUUAAGAAGAAGCUAAGCAACAAGGAGUAGCAUGUGGAAACCUCUGUGACCAUUGUUGAUAUCUUGGAUGAUCGAUCGGGGUGGGGGGUGGGGGGUGGGGGUGGGGGGCUCUACUCGAUUGGAGCCCCCCUUCCAUAGGGUGAAGCUGUGAAGGUUAUCAAGCUGUACCAGUGUUGUAAGUGUGGUGGCCAAAUCAUUUCUUGAUUCAAACUCUUACUCUAAAUUUUGCAAUAGGUUCUAUCUUUGAAUGAUUGUAUUAUCAAAAUUCCAUCAUUUUUCUUACUUCAGGCAGUUCUUGUCUGAUGGUUUGGCCUAUGGUUGUAUGUAGUGUCAAAGACCCAAAUAGGUGCCAUCUGCUACAUUUUGAAUGCAGAUCGAUCGCAUGUUCCGUGACUUAUUGAGUAGGCUAAAAAUGGAAAAUCAGUUUCUUCAUGAACUUCUAUUUUCUUUUUGUUCAACAUUUAGAAUGCCUAGUAUAUUUCUGUAGUUUGAUUCAAAACUUGUUAAAUCAGAUUUGUGCUAUAUUGAAGUUUCUAUAUUUUAAAUGGCAACUAAGCCCUUGUACCAAAAAAUUAUCAAAUUGAUUUUUG